CCCCCCCGCCCCUCCAGGAGCGCUCUGCGCAGGCUCGGGCGCAGGUUGCGGCGGCGCCGGGCCUCCGCUGAGGCUGUUGUGGUGCCGCCCCUCCCCCACCCGACCCCGCGGCGACCCAGCGCCGCAGGCCUGUGGCUGCAGCCCCGGCGCAGGCGACUGCGGACUCCGUGACCCCGUCCUCGGGCCCGUCUGCGCCGGAGCAGCUCCGGACUGCGCAGCACGCCGCGUGCCGACAUGGGAAAGUCUUUUUCUCAUUUGCCUUUGCAUUCACAUAAAGAAGAUGCUUAUGAUGGAGUCACAUCAACUGAAAAUAUGAGGAAUGGAUUGGUUAAUAGUGAAGUCCAUAAUGAAGAUGGAAGAAAUGGAGAUGUCUCUCAGUUUCCGUAUGUGGAAUUUACAGGAAGAGAUAGUGUCACUUGUCCCACUUGUCAAGGAACAGGAAGAAUUCCUAGGGGACAAGAAAACCAACUGGUGGCAUUGAUUCCAUACAGUGAUCAGAGAUUAAGGCCAAGAAGAACAAAACUGUAUGUGAUGGCUUCUGUGUUUGUCUGUCUGCUCCUUUCUGGACUGGCUGUGUUUUUCCUUUUCCCUCGCUCUAUCGACGUGAAAUACAUCGGUGUAAAAUCAGCAUACGUCAGUUAUGAUUUUCAAAAGCAUACAAUAUAUUUAAAUAUUACGAAUACGCUAAAUAUAACAAACAAUAACUUUUAUUCUGUUGAAGUUGAAAACAUCACUGCACAAGUUCAGUUUUCAAAAACAGUUAUUGGAAAGGCACGCUUAAGCAACAUUACCAAUAUUGGUCCACUGGAUAUGAAACAAAUUGAUUAUACAGUACCUACUAUCAUAGCAGAGGAAAUGAGUUAUAUGUUUGAUUUCUGUACACUGGUAUCCAUCAAAGUGCAUAACAUAGUACUUAUGAUGCAAGUUACUGUAACAACAACUUACUUUGGACACUCAGAACAGAUAUCCCAGGAGAGGUACCAGUACGUUGAUUGUGGAAGGAACACAACUUAUCAGUUGGGGCAGUCUGAAUAUCUAAAUGUACUUCAGCCACAACAGUGAAAACUGAGAGGUGCACCUGGAGAAGAAGAAAUACCUAUUGAUAUUUUCCAAACUCUGAAAGAUGAGGUACUUACUUCCUGAUAGGAGAUCUUAAAUUGAACAACCUAAAGUUUACACUUCUGUUUUAAAAGUACAGCUAAGAGUAUGUGGACUUCUAGGUUAUUGCAACUCUCCACUCUGUUCAUGAUAUUUGUACCAGGAUCUUUUACUUGAAUCUAAAUUUACUGAUUGGUUUUCUUCGUUCCUGGUCCCCACAGGGGAAAACUUAAGACUUCUCCUACAGGAUAAUAAAUAAUUAUGUAAAAUUCACAGCUCCAAUCACUACUGGAAACAUAACUUUGGUGAUGAACAUAAUUUGAGAAAGUUUAUUUCUGAAUGUUUUUGUAGAAAAUUACUGAGGGCCUAUUAUUCAUGAAGACAUUUAAAGAAUAACCUUUUUUUUUUCCUAUUUUAUAAAUUCCCAUUGCUACUUGGUAGUAUUUCAACUAUAUGCUAUUUUAGCUUUUAGGUAAAUGUUUUUAUUUUUUUCAUUUGGAAAUCCUACUCAUUUGCAUGUUUUUGUCAGUCUUAUUUCAAUCUAGUGCUUGCAUAACACUUAUAAACCAAAAUAAUCUUUGCAAACUUCUGUACCGAAAAUUUUUUAAAACCCCUAAAUAAUGUUUCACGUCUUUCCAUGUUAGUUUUAGUUGUGUGAAAUUUUUGUGUAAUCUUCAAACAUCAUUUAAUGUACAGUAUUGUAAAUAAAUUGUGCAUGGCUUUUAUAUAGCUUUAACAAAUGUCAGUGGUACAGAUUUAAAAUAUAGUAAGUUGCUCAUAAAAAUUUUAAAAAAAGGAAGAUGAAAUUCAGAAACCUCUAAAAUGUGAAUGUUUCCAAUUACAUAUUAGAUCAGGCAUAACAGAUUUUAAAUAAAAUAUUUUGAUUCUUCACUUU